AGCGAGCGAAAGCAGCAGCGCGAUCAGACGGGACUCCUUCGUGUCGUCUUCUUUACCAAAGUAGAGAGAGAGAGAGAGAGAGAGGUUUAAGACUUGGGAAUUCGGCGGGGGCGGAGGGACUUUUAGGGUUUUUAUUUCUUUGGAUGAUUGGAGGGGUUGAUGUUGUCGGGCAAUUCAAUGCGGAAAUCGUUCAAGGACUCGUUGAAGGUCCUUGAGGCUGACAUCCAGCACGCCAAUUCUUUGGCAUCAGAUUUUCCCACUGAUUAUGAUGGUGCAUGCCUUCAAAUGCGAAUGUCAUACUGUCCAGCUGCACACUUAUUUCUUUUUCUUGUGCAGUGGACAGAUUGUAGCCUUGCUGGGGCACUUGGACUCCUUAGAAUUAUGAUAUAUAAGGUUCAUGCUGAUGGAUCAACAACCAUGUCAACACAUGAAAGAAAAGCUAGCAUUAAAGAAUUCUAUGCUGUAAUUUUCCCCUCAUUGCUUCAACUAAAAAAAGGAAUCACCGAUAUGGAAAACAAAAGGCAAAAGGCGGUAUGCAUGGAAAGAUAUAGACGAAGAGAUGAGGAUGAGAGGAAGCAGUUCUCUGAGACAGAUGAUGAAAGAGAAGAAGAAUGUAGUAUUUGCAUGGAGAUGAACAGCAAAAUCGUAUUGCCUAAAUGCAACCAUGCUAUGUGCAUGAAAUGCUACAGAGAAUGGAACUCGAGAUCACGAUCAUGCCCCUUCUGCCGCAAUAGCCUCACGAGAGUAAACUCUGGCGAUCUGUGGAUGUUCAUCGAUAACAGAGAUGUGGUUGACACGGCAAUGGUGACCCGUGAAAAUAUCAGGCGUUUAAUCAUGUACAUAAAGAAGUUGCCGGAGAUUGUUUCAGAAACAGUUUCUGAUCCUUACGAUUCACAUCUUAGAUGACCUACGAUUCUCCCAUGCCGCCAGGUUAAACUUCCCCCAAUUCCUUAACCGUAGUAGUAUCUGCCUGCUCAAUUAGCUCGAUUUAUUUAAGCUUUAGAGUUUAGAGGUAUAUACUUGUGCGUCUUCGUCACUAUGUAAAUGCUUGUACAGUCUCUUAUUUAUUAACAUGAUAAUUGCAAUUCGGUGCAA